CAUACUUCUUGGUUCUGAACAGCCGAGAGGUUUACUGUGACAGAUUUGAAGUCACAUCGGAUAGUGCAUCAUGUUUGGGUUUUUCCGAAGAAGAAACAACUCGCGCAUCCCUAGCAGGCGCACCUGUCGCGGGAGGAGAGUUAGAGGAGUCAGAUUUGGAGGCAGGAGUUGGUUUGCCAGGCGGUUCCCCUCCUACUGUAGCCCCACCUCGCGACCACGCCCAUCACAAUGUGAUGACAAGUUCCUUCGCCCUGAAAGCCCUGACAGUGAUAGCGGUUUCCAGGGGCAACAGCAGGAAAUUUCUCAAACUACUACGUUUCAACAAGUUGAAUGGAGACGGCAACGAGGUCCAAGACGACAGAAGCCUCAGAGUCCCCAACGUCGACCUGGACCCCAGCGUCCGAGGCCUCAACAACGUCCGAGGCCUCAACAACGCCCGCGGCCCCAACAACGUCCGAUGCUUCAACAGCGUCCGACACAGACCCCACAAACUUUAACGAUUGGUCAAACAACGGUCAUACAACAAGAGCAAACGGUGACCCAGGAGCCAGAAGUGUGUGAGCCGGUGGUCCCACUGCCGGAAAAACCAAAGCCAGAAGUGUGUGAGCCGGUGGUCCCACUGCCGGAAGUACCAAAGCCGGAAGUACCGAAGCCGGAAGUGCCGAAGCCAGAAGUGUGUGAGCCGGUUGUCCCACCUCCGGUAGUGCCAAAGCCGGAAGUGCCGGAGCCGGAGGAACCGGAGGAACCGGAGGAACCGGAGGAGCCGGAGGAGCCGGAGGAGCCGGAGGAGCCAGAAGAGCCGUUGGAGCCAGAGGUUGAGGAAGAAGAGCUGGCAACAAAACUGCACGUGACUGGGGUCGACCUUCACUACGCCGACAAUGCCAAGGAGCAUCACACUGAUAUGUACGCAUGCGCGAAGGGAACUGAAGAGAGAGACGCAGAGCUUGUUCUUCGUAGAGGUCAAGAUUUCAAGAUGACAAUUACUUUCGACAGGCCGUAUGACAUCAAGAAGAACGAUAUCACGUUAACGUUUAAUUUGGGUGACGACUACAAGCCCAACAAAGGUUUGAACGCAUCCUUCAGGGUGGACGAAACUGGAGCCACCGUGUACAAGCCGAAGAGCUGGGGUGCUACGGUCAUCGGUCAAAAGGGCAACUCCCUCACUCUGUCCGUCUUCGUUCCGGCAACUGCACCCAUCGGCGAGUGGGAGUUUGCUGUUCAAACUAUCGUGGACGUCAGGGACGGCAAGAACAUUGUCUGGCAGUACAACCACACAGCGGACGUCAUUGACAUCAUAUUCAAUCCAUGGUGCAAAGAGGACUGGGUGUACAUGGAGGACGACGUGUGGAGGACAGAGACGGUCCUCAACGACAACGGCACUCAGUACUACGGUACCUACAAUCAGCUCGCAGUCAAAGCAUGGGCCUACAACCAGUUCAACUAUGGCAUAUUGGACGCUGCUCUUCACCUUGUGAGGAAAGCGUUCGGGUUCCAGGCCGCUCCAGCUAUGGCCAGCCCAGUCAGAGUCUCCAGGAUGAUUGCCCAGAUUAUUAACUCCAACGAUGAUGACGGGGUUCUCAUGGGGAACUGGAGUGGGAAGUUUGAUGGGGGCGUUGCCCCGUCCACGUGGGUGGGUAGUGAGAAGAUCUUGUUGGAGUAUAUGAAGACAGGCAAACCAGUGCGGUACGGCCAGUGCUGGGUGUUUUCCGCUGUCACCACGGCUGUGUGUAGAGCUAUUGGGCUGCCCUGUCGCAGUGUCACCACCUUCGCCUCUGCCCACAACACCGACUUGGCCAGGCUCAGCGUCGACGUCAUCAAAACAGAGGUGGACGGCGGUGUGAAGAAGUUCAAGGACGAUUCUAUUUGGAACUUCCACGUGUGGAAUGAGGUUUACAUGAGACGCCCGGAUCUGAACACAGACGCCAUGAAGUACGAUGGGUGGCAGGUUAUUGAUGCCACCCCCCUGGAGCGUAGCGAUGGUGUGUACGUGUGUGGCCCAGCUCCUGUGGUUGCCGUCAAAGAAGGUCACUUGAAAAAGGGUGACGACACCUGCUUCGUCUACGCCGAGGUGAACGCCGACAAAGUGGAAUGGAUGAACAACAAGCAGCUCAAUACCUUGGUGGAGACAAAGCGUAAUAGAUAUUCUGUGGGCAAGAGCAUCAGCACCCACAAACCGACAGGCAAGGCGUAUGUUAGCGGUCUGGAGAGAGAGGACCUCACUAAUCUAUACAAGCACGCUGAAGGCUCAGAUGAGGAGAAGGAGAUUUACAGGGAGGCAGAGAAGCUGUUCCGUCUGAUGAACGGCGACGACUCCGCCCCCAGUGCGUCUGAGCCACAGGCUGCAAACCUUGACAUUGAGAUUGAGGAGUUGGGCGACGCCAGUGUGGGCAGUCCAUUCACCUGCAAGGUGAAGGUCAAGAACAACAACACGGCUGAUCGAAGUGCCAAAGUCAGCCUCAAUGUUCUCUACAAGACUUAUUUCGACACUGUCACGGGGAUUGCUGCUCAAAAAUCAUGUGACGAGAUCAAGCUGAAGCCUGGCGCCAGCGAGGAGUUCACCAUAGACGUAACUGAAGAACAAGCUAACCUGAGACCUCGAGAUGACUUCUACUUUGAAGUGAAGGCGGCGGCUGUGUGCAGGGAGGAUGAGAGGGACAAUGCCACAAAGGACCUGGACUUCCGCCUGAGGAAACCCGACCUGACGCUCUCGGGUCCGGCCACCUGCAGCCUCUCUGAUACAAUCCAAGUAGAAGCCUCCUUCAAGAACCCGCUGUCGGUGCCGCUGACGGGGUGCUCGGUGUCGCUGGCAGGAGGAUUCGACCCAGUUGGCAUUGCCUCAGAUAAAAUCUAUAUCGAUUCUGUUGGCGCCGGUAAGACUUGGAGCUCCACUUUCGAUGUGUCUCCCAAAGAGGCUCCCCGUGGCCAGGUAGAACGAGCUCUGUAUCUGGGGUUCGACUCACAAGAGCUCUCCGAUGUCAGUGGGAAUUAUUCUACAAAACUUGUGUAAAUCCUCUCGGUGUAUGAAGCCAGUGACAACGUUGCAUGUAGCUGUAACGGGCUGAAAAAGGGUUUUGAAAAGUCGGUUGUGUAGAUAAUGUUCA